CUCUCUCUUUUGCUCUCACAAACGGGGUUCUUUCUUUUGAUCAUUGCUGUUUCUAGUUUUUCAUUGUCUUGGGAUUCUGCGUUUCACUCCUCAUGUGUGCCUCCCUGAUUCCCGUGAGAUUCCCCAGCAUCUAACGGUAAAGGACCCAACCAAUUCAAACACAACAGAGACGUUGAUGGCGAUGUUCAGUCUCUUUCACCUGAGCUCUGUUAUAAUUUAACAAAUACUUUUCUUGAUCUUGACAAUCUCACCCCUCUACUUCUCCAUCUGGGUCCUUUUCUCCUUCUCAGUCCCCACUCUUUUUUUUUUUUUUUAUCCUUAUCAUCAUCCAUCCCCUACACUUUCUCUCAGCAGUUUUCGGAAGUAUUCAAAAAUGGGCGACGGUACUUUCUCUGAUAUUUUUGAAGAAAAUGAAUUCGGAGACACCAACUUGGCCGCAGAUGAUCUUUUUAGCAUCUUCGAGAGCUUAGAGAGCGUGGCGGAGUUUCCUCCGAUUGAUGAAGGCGAAGAGACCGGCGCCAGAUUGGUCUCUCAGAAGUCUACAUCGUCCAGCGCUUUGCAAGAGUGGGAGACCGAGCUUCUUGAGACAUCACCAAAGAGCAAGAGGCCGAAGCUAAUCAUGACUACUUCGGAGGAGGAAGCAAACCCAGAUGGGCAACAAAGGAUGUCUCAUAUCACUGUCGAGCGCAACCGGAGGAAGCAAAUGAAUGAGCAUUUGUCUGUCUUGAGAUCUCUUAUGCCUAGCUUCUAUGUCAAAAGAGGAGAUCAAGCGUCGAUAAUUGGAGGGGUGGUGGAUUACAUCAACGAAUUACAACAAGUUCUACAGUCGCUUGAAGCGAAGAAGCAAAGAAAAGUAUACAGUGAAGUGCUAAGCCCUAGGCUUAAUGUUUGUUCAAGUCCAAGACUAAACUCACCACUUAGCCCUAGAAAGCCACCUCUAAGCCCUAGACUAAACUUACCCAUUAGCCCAAGAACCCCGCAGCCAAGCAGCCCUUACAAGCCAAGGUUAAUGCAGCAGGGUUACCACUCCCCGACCAUGGCUUCAACUUCCCUUGAACCUUCUCCUUCUUCAUCGUCUACUUCCUCCAUCAAUGAUAAUGUCAAUGAGCUCGUAGCAAAUUCAAAGUCUCCGAUUGCACACGUGGAGGUGAAGUUUUCAGGUCCAAAUCUUCUUUUGAAGACAGUUUCUCAUCGGAUUCCAGGGCAAGCCACGAAAAUCAUUUCCGUCCUCCAACAUCUCUCCUUUGAAAUUCUCAACGUAAGCAUCAAAACUGUUGACGAAACCAUGCUUAAUUCCUUCACCAUUAAGAUUGGAAUUGAAUGCCAACUAAGCGCCGAGGAACUGGCACACCAAAUUCAGCAAACAUUCUGCUAAAGAUAGUUCCAGCAGUCUGAAGCCUAACAAGAAGACCUCUCUCUCUUUCUCUCUGUCUCUCAGCUCAUGAAGUGCAAUAAUAAAAGAGAAUGUGGGAAGGCAUUUACCAACAUUCCUAUUAAUUAACUACAAAUUUAAUUGUAAUCAGUACUACUCAUGAUCAUCUGUAUUUGCUACUGUCAACCUCUUUGUAAGCUGAUCAUCAGCAUUAAUCUCAAGUUAAUUCUAAGUUAAUCUAUGGAUUUUUAA